GAACUAAUACGUUUCUAUAGUCACUGAAUUGACGUCUUCGACAACAAUAAAUAAAUAGUACAUCAAACCUCAUAAUCUAGUCCGAUCAAAGAAGUAAGACUUGUGAAAGUUAUUGUGUAAUUAUUUAUUGUGUGUACUAAAGGAAACCCAACAGCAAUAAUGACUUUCCAAUCGGCGAUGCCUAGCCGGGAGUUCUUAUGGGAUGUUUUUAGAAGGGUUGACAAAGACCGCAGUGGUUAUAUAUCAGCAGAUGAGUUGCAGCAAGCCCUUUCUAAUGGAACAUGGAACCCAUUCAAUCCUGAAACUGUCCGUUUAAUGAUUGGUAUGUUUGACAAACAAAACCGUGGAGUGAUCAAUUUUGAAGAUUUUGGAGCACUUUGGAAGUAUGUAACAGAUUGGCAGAAUUGUUUCCGAUCCUUUGAUGGAGACAACUCAGGGAACAUUGACAAGAUGGAGCUGAAGAAUGCACUCACGGCAUUUGGCUACCGAUUGUCAGAUGAAGUAGUCAACAUCAUGGUUCAGAAGUUUGACAGAUUUGGCCGAGGAACUAUCCUGUUUGAUGAUUUUAUUCAGUGCUGUGUUACCUUAUAUACUCUGACGUCAGCAUUCCGACAUUACGACACGGAUCAGGAUGGCGUUAUAACUAUCCAUUACGAACAAUUCCUCAAAAUGGUGUUUGGAUUAAAGGUAAAAGUAUAAAAUGUACAUGAUACGAAUAUAGGAGCUUCAAGAUGCUGAACAAUGUUUGCUAUAUGUUUUUACAUUAUAUAAAUGUAUACUGUCUGUUCUACAAGUACCGAGUACUUCUGUUAUCAGACUUGCUGGAAUGUAUAUCAGUGUAAAGUUAAGCUAAGUGUUAUUGGCAAUGCUACUUGAUUGAUUUUAUAUGAGUGGCCUAUAGGCAGUUUAUUAACAACCUCUUUACUACAUGCCUGGUCUCUUAGACAGACUUGCCAAGUUCAUAGAAUUAAAAGUGAUGUUGUGAAUUCUUUACACAAAAGCGUUGCGUGGUCUGUAAGAAUUAACCAAUUCAGAUUAAUAUCCACAACCGCAAAAAAUCAAUUUAACGAGGUGCAUGUUCCGCUUUAUUGUAGUUUUAUCAACAUUUAAUUACAAAUGGGUAAGAUUUGGGUUUCUAUCAACUUCCCAUUAGAUAAUUCAUUAUUUAAUUGUUGCUAGACUGAGCUACACCUCAUUUCAAGAUCUAUCAUUUGCAUUCUGCAUAGUUAAGACUAAAAACUAUUCGAGGAUUUAUAACAUACCGACAUAAUUAUGUUAAUUUGUUUAAGUUGAUCAUUGACUGUCAGAUAAUUUUGCAAAAAAAAAAACAGACAAUAUUACAUAAGACUAUUUUUUUUCAUCAUGACAGUCUGAAUCAGUUAUAAUGUAAAGACUUGAAGAUCUGGCAGUAAUCUCACUAAUGCCUAAUGAAACACUUUAAAAUGGCAUAAUUUCUUAUGAAUGUACAGUGUACACUAUGUUAUGCACUAAUAUAUAUAAAAAAGUAAUGUAUGAGACAGAAGUAUGGAAAAGACAGUCUUGAAUGUAUGUACAUACUUUUAUAUUCGUGAAUGUUUAGUCUUAAACACUAUUUAUUGAAUCUUGAUGUUUAUAAGCAUUAACUUAUGAAUAGAAUUAUAUUUAGCUGUCUUGAAAGACUUUGUACUAGAGUUUUUAUAUUUGUGGUGUAAACAUAAAAUGUAAAUUACACUUUCUCAUCGUUUCCGUUCAAGUAAUCGAAAUAUGAAUAGUAGUCAUCGAAAUAAAUUAUUUUUUCAACGAUACUAUUCUUUCUAAUGUAUAAUUUCAGUUUUUAUCCUUUAUAAAGAUUGUUUUUGCUAGUAUUGUAGCUCUGCCAGCAUGCGAAAUAAGCGAAUCGCCUUCGUUGCACUAAUAGGAUAAUUUCUCUUUGGUUUAGUGUGUGCCGUAAACAACGCAGUCGGUUCCGGAAAGCUUAACAUCCCAAGUCAUACCCACCAAACAAUUUUCAUAAGUAAUCAAGGUAUUUAUAAGAAAAUAACAUAAAUAUUUGAAGUAAUCACUUAGCAAGUUUUGUAUACCUUCUAAAUGGCAUUUUAAAGAAAAUUAUGUCUGAGACUAUGUUGUAGCAAUUUUAGUCACUAGCUAGAAAGCCAUACCUGAAUCUGUGCAACCCGACUUCUGUGAUAAUCAAAAAUUAUGUAUAAAAGCCCAUUUCUCAAUUUAAAAUUAGUCUUUAUACUGUAGAAUAUUUUACAAAUGUAAAUUCUAAAUCUUAUUGGAUCUAAAUGUUUAUAAGAAUAAUGUACCAUUGCAUACAAUUAACGCUCAAAUGUUCACGACUAUUAUAUGUUCACUCACUUUGCCAAACUUAAACUUUGCUCAAAAGAAAUGUGAGGCAAGAUUUCAGUAAAUACUUUUUUUGAAUGUUUCAAAGUGUCAAUUCACAUAAAUUGAUAUUGUAUUGCGUUGUAUUAUAUAUUCUAUAAAAUUAAAACUGUUAAACACUAAUUAUUAAGUUUAGUAACCCUGUAUGAAUACAUAAGGACCUCCUACUCUUCCAAAUUGUGUUUACUGAGAAACUGAUUUCUAGGACUACACCGGUAGAAGGCAA